CCAGGAGAUUGAGUCACGUAAAUCCUCUUAUCAUUUCAGCCUACGGCCUGUGCAGCCUAUUCAAACUGUGCUCGUCCGACAGCGUGCAUCUAUCAAACUUGCAUAUGAUAGCGGGAGGCUGCAUGUAGUCCUCAACCUGCCAGCUCCCCUCAUCUCAGAUAUCACAUCACUUGAUAUAGAAGAGGCCGAGUCCGACAUGGAAUUCUCCGACCGUGGAUCACGGUCCAUACCACAAACUCUUAGCAAGUCUACUCAUGCCUUGCUCACCGACGAAUCAGGAGAAGAGAGUGGGAGAGCCGGGAAAAGGCGACUGUCAGAGGAUGAACAUGAGAGUCGCUAUACAAGGGUUCAAGUUAACCCGCAAAUAGGUGGUUCACGUCGGAUAAUAAACCGAUUCGAGAAGCUUGACGACCCGCCAUUUGAAUACGUAAUGAACUCCAGCGAAGAGGAGGCUGACAAUUAUGAUUCAAACCAACCUACAUCUCACGUCAACAAAAAGAGACAGCUAGAAGUAUCGUCUCCUCGCCCUGGUCAACUGCGGAGAUCCUCGAAGCGAACAUAUUGGGCGAGCAAGGCUCCUCCUAGUGCGGAAUAG